AACAAUGGCGAUAUAUGCUCGAGUUCCGCUUUCAAAAAAAAAUCUCUCAGAGACAUUGCCAGGCACUGUGCUCCGUCGCCGUUUGCACAGUACGGUGGAAAAAUACAGGAGGAGGUGGAUGCGCCGCAGAGCAACAUUACCAUUACGCGGCGGUCAAGGGAAUGAAAAUAUGGCUUCGCUGUAUUGCGCAGAACAUCGGCGCCUUAGCGUCGCGACGACCCUUGCGGGGUGAGUCGUUGCUUGGUGCCCGCGCCUUUUUGCUGUGCUACGUGGCACAAUCGCACGGAGUACACACGACAAUGCGAUCAUAUUGUGAGAACGCGAUCGUUAUCCCUACUGUCUAGAUUCAACCCCUUUUUCGGGUUGGCGUAGACCAAUUAAAUAUAGAAGAAAAAAGAAAACAAGAAGAAGAAAAAAAGAAGAAGAAAUCAUCUGAAUUGUUCGAUCUACGAAUCGCGCUAUCUUUGAUAAUCAAGGAAAAGUCCAACGCGUCGACAGCGAGCUUCUUUAAACGACAACAAAGGAUCGCUAGAUUGUAAAAACGUGGGGAGAUCCACACGGGCAAGACGGGGAAAGAGAGCUACGGGUAAGGUCAGGUUCCGCGGCAGCGACUAUGCGCGUGAUCGAUCGCGCGCAUCUCCACGAUCGGCUGGAGAUGUGAUACCGGAAGUAGGCCAGGCAGAAUUGACCUGCGUGGACGUAUAAGUACGGCAUACAGGGUGCGUGCGUGCGUACGAGUACGACGUGUAAGCUGUAGGUGUGCCGCGUGGGUCCAGGAACCAGCAGUUGUAGAGAUGCGCGUCGCCGCGACGGCCUCUCUGUCGCCGAUGUGUUCAUCGUCGAGGGCUACUCUUUGGUACAAUGCUACCAUUGUGCGACUGCUCUGUGUUAUUCUGGUCUCUUGCUGGAUUAUUCUUGAUCAACCGGCCUUGGGCCUGCCGAAUCCGGAGUUGACAACAAUGGAAGAUCUGUCCGGUAGAGGCUCAAAAAAAUUUGGCGAUGUUUGUGAGACGGAUAAUGAAUGCGGUUUUGCAGGCUCUUACUGCGAACCGAAAAAAAAACUUUGUGCUUGCAAAGAAGAAUUUGAAGCCACUAACCAUCUCGAUAAAUGCGGACAUGCGGCAAACGUGAACGAGUCCUGUUUCUUUCACGAGCAAUGCGAAGCACGAGUAAGCGAAACGGAAUGCCGCGAUGGUCGAUGCAUCUGCCUUUUCGAGAAGAUUCCGAUGAUACAACCUGACGGUAUAAUUUGCGUCGCCGAAGUUAAAGAACCAACCAGCAUUCGAUACAUUGAUCCGGCGAUGAUCGGCGUUCUCGUUGGCAUGGCACUGAUGUUUAUCAUCAUUUGCGUCGUUCUUAGACUCUUCAGCAAAGCUCGCUGGCGAGAAAAUCGCACCAUCUUUAAUACACCUAACGCACGAUUGAUGAACGUUUCGCUAUUGAGAGAGAAUAAACUUUUACACGCUCAGGAGAGACGUGGUUCAAGGGCGAGCGUACGGAUCCCAUCAAGGCAACCCUCGAUGGCUUCCUUAAGAGCCAACUCGCCAAAUGCUUCACAAGGUGCGAAAUACUUUCACUACUCACAGCACAGAGUCCUCAUGCUUAAAGUAAUUCUGGCUUUUCGUGUCGUGCUGCCACGCUUUCAUGCGAAAGCACGCGAUACUUUAGCAAGAAAAUCUCUGUCGCCAGGGUCACACGCAGGAUCUCCUCGUCGUGGGAGUCCCACCAGCAGUGGGAACGCUUCGGCUACUUCGAUGAAAUCUAACAAAUCGCCGAAUCAUACGAACAACGUCACUGACUCCGUUCUAGAAAACGUCACCGUCGAGAUCUUCGACGUAAAGGCAAAAUAAAUCGUCUUUCCGCCGCAACAAAUGGUCCGAUCGACAAUCCCAUUUAUUACUAGUCUUGCAUAGCCAAUAUACGGCGCUACAUGAAGGUUGCUGUCUCUAUAUAUCUUCAAUUCACGAAUAAUUGGUUCUGUUGAUUCGUUUUCAUUAAAUUAUUAAAAAAUGAAAAUUUUGUGUUUACUAGUUCAAAUAUCAUCGAGAAUUACUUUGCUUAGAUAAAUCGCAACGCUGACGAGUCAAGUAUCGAAAUCUCGAUGAGAUCGAGCCAUAAAUUAACCAUAAUUCGCAGAUCUUAUUGCACUCUUUUAAUAAUAACAAAAUAAUCAUUUAGUUAUGUUACAAAAGAUCCUUUUAACAUGCCUCUUUUUUGACAAUUUGACAUUUUCAUAUCUAAUGAAACAUAAUUAAAUGAUGAUUAUCACAUUAUCAGAAUAUUAAUUUUGGAUUAAUUUUUUGCAUUAUCUUAAUAGAUAUUAUAAAGAAAUCAUUUAAAAAAAACAGCGCUUUAUAAAAUGAUAUAAAUUAUGAGUAAUACGAAUUACUCGAAAGCCUAUUAUGCUAUUUUAAUAAUAGCAAAUGCGAGUAGAAACCAUUUUAAUAGAUUAGCAGCGAUCGAAUUAUCAUAAGGGCAUCCAAAUUUGAAUUAAUUAUUGAUAUUAACUUGGUGAGAUAUUAAAAUAAGCCGUUUCAAGUAUACAUAUUAUAUAUAUAUAUAUAUAUAUAUAUACAAUGUAUGUAUAAAAUUAUUUGCGGUAAUGAAAGCGAUAAUACGCUAGUUAAUACGCGUAUUAACACAUACAUUCAAUAUAUUUGAGUUGCGAAGUAUCCUAGAAGAUAUUUCAGAAGAGAGAGACAUAUUAUUUAGAAGAACGUUAUUAAUAAAAUAACUAAUCGCGAUGCAGUAGCAUUAUUUAAACUUGAAAGACAUGAAAACCUGUACAGCAUACCCAUACAGCACAGCACAGAACAUUGCAGCAACAUUGCAACGUUACCGCAAUGUUGCUGCAAUAUUCUGCGCUGUAUGGGAAUUGUCAUAUCAAUUUGUAUGAUGACGAUGUAAUUUUAUUACUUGUUUAACUAUUAAUAUACAUUAGUUUUCCAUCGAUUUGCUUCAUGCUAAUGUUUCAAUUUUCAAUCAAAACGCGCGCCAAUAUGAUUGUGUAACGUGAACACAUUUCUCGGACCAAGCGGUUUUAGCACCGCAUUUGAUUAUUCUGUUUAAUGAGGAUUACGUAAUAAAUAAUAUUUGGUAUCAUCAUCGAUACAUUAAGAACAUACAAUACACGCUUGCGGAAUAUUUCAUGAGAAGUAUAGAGAGGAAACAUCUAUACAUUAAUGUAAAGAAAAUCAUAAUGGAAAAUAGCAACUGCAAUUGUAAAUUAUUGAUUCAUGCAGUAGUUACUAUUAAGAGAAAUAUAAAAACAAACUUGACACAAUGAUACCCAUAUAGCAUAGAACAAUUGCGGCACUAUUGCUGCAUGGGUAGUUUUCUUGAUUAAUACUGAUCGGAUUCACAAUAUAGAUUAUAUUUAAAAUCAAUAGAGAUGAAGAUAGUCGAAAAAAUUUCAAUGUCGAAACGAUGAUCGGGGCGAUCAAACGCGCAAGCCUUUUCUCUGAAAGUUUUUUCGGUGUAAUGUUGCACCAUCGGGAUGCGGAAAGACGCGAUGGGAUUAAUGUUUAUUAAUCCUUUACAUCGAAAGCGAUACGACUCGAUUUGUUCGCGAUAAGCCAAUGCGAACGGGACCAGAGAAGAGUGUUUCAAGUGGCAUCUCUCUCUCUUUCUCUCUCUCUCUUUCUCUCUCUCUCUCUCUCUCUCUUUCUCUCUCUCUCUCUCUCUCUCUCUCUCUCUCUCUCUCUCUCUCUUUCGAAAGUGCGAAAUUAAAGCGAGACACGUUGCCAGAUUUAUUAAGAUGGUGCCACAUGGUAGUAAUUAAACAUAAGAUUAUAUAUAAGAGAAGGUUUGGGCAUUCUUCGUCAAUUAUCCAUAAUGCUAUGCAGAGUACGCAAUCGCACAAUCGACAGCAGAAGAAUGUUAAGCAAAAUGGAUAUAUAUUAUUGGCUACCGCGCCUCCGCGCCAUUCGCAAUACAUUAUGGGUUUUUGAGGGAAAUUUAUAUAUAGGCUGAUGGAAUAUCUUAAUAACCUUUAUAUAUAACUAUAUAAUCUUAUAAUUAAACACAUCUGAUAAAUAUUAAAAGCCACAUAAUUGUAAAGACGAAUGAUAAUCGCGUUAAUAAUAUGUAAUCAAAACGUGAGUAUAUAUUUCUUUUCAAGCACAAAUUUCUCAUUUAAAGAAGAGAUAAGCUCUAAUGAAUCUGUUCUUAAAGAUAUAUUAAAAUAUAAAAGCUCUUUUCUUUCUUUUUCUGUUUUUGGAAAGUUUAUUUUAUAAUAUUUAUAUUAAAUAUAUUAACAAAGGGAAAAUAUUUUUUAAGAAUUCUGAAAUUUGAAAAAUUCUCUUUUUUAUUUUAAAUAUAUAGGUAUACACACUAAUAUGUAGUAAUAAAGACAAAUUUAAAAAAUUACAGGAUUUAGAAAAUUUUAAGAAAGCUUGAGAAUUUUUUUUAUUUUAGAAAGUUUAUUUAAAUUAAAUUUUUUUCUUUUUUUUCGGAAAGUUGAUAGCUGUAUAUUUUGCGACGCCUGUAAUGACGAACAUUCACAUUAGGCAUCAUAUGCAUUUAUGUUUAUUGAAUUUAACGAAUGAUGAUGUGGCGAAGAAAAAACGACCAUAUAAUAUAUUAUACUUCUAUAUUUUUCUCUUGUUGAUUUCACGUAUGUCAUUACAAUACUUUAUUGGCACUUAUUUAGAAUCAAUAUUUACAUCAUAAAAAAUUUUGAUCUCACGUAUGUCAUUACAAUACUUUAUUGGCACUUAUUUAGAAUCAAUAUUUACAUCAUAAAAAAUUUUGAUCUCACGUAUGUCAUUACAAUACUUUAUUGGCACUUAUUUAGAAUCAAUAUUUAUAUCAUAAAAAAUUAUCUCUUUUAUAUUCUUGCCGAGUUAAUAUUGAAUUCGAAAAUAAUUAAAUACGCGAUCAGAAUUUGGACUCAAUGCUCAUGGGGGGUAUAUUAUAUUGGGUAGAUAUUAAAAAUAAAUUCAACUUAUUAAACACGUAAACGUGUAUAUCGAAUUCAAUGCUGAUAUAUAACAUCGGCAAUGAUUAUCGUAACACAGAACUAUAUAACGGAUUGAAAUUAUUCAUAGUUUUUUCGUCGUUAGUGAUAAAAUGAAGUAA